GACCCUUGCCGAGUCUAAAAUUUCAACGGCCGCCCAGUGCUGGCGUUACACGAGACGAUUUCCCUCUUCUAUUCUCCUCUCUACUUUGUCUCAGAUCUUAAAUUCAUCCAUUCUCCUUUGAUCCGUAUUUCUCUCUAGGGUUUGAUUUCUGGUCUCCCUUGCGAUUUUGUUCCAUAGAUGGCUGCUCCACCAGCAAGGGCUCGAGCCGAUUAUGAUUAUCUCAUAAAGCUCCUCCUGAUCGGUGAUAGCGGUGUGGGGAAGAGUUGCCUUCUCUUGCGUUUCUCGGAUGGUUCCUUUACUACAAGUUUCAUCACAACCAUUGGCAUUGAUUUUAAGAUAAGGACCAUAGAGCUGGAUGGAAAAAGGAUCAAGCUACAAAUUUGGGAUACUGCUGGACAGGAGCGGUUCAGAACAAUUACUACUGCUUACUAUCGUGGAGCCAUGGGUAUUUUGCUUGUGUACGAUGUAACUGAUGAGUCCUCCUUUAACAACAUUAGGAACUGGAUUCGUAACAUUGAACAACAUGCUUCAGACAAUGUUAACAAAAUUCUGGUCGGUAACAAAGCUGACAUGGAUGAGAGCAAAAGGGCUGUUCCCACCUCAAAGGGUCAAGCUCUUGCAGAUGAAUAUGGCAUCAGGUUCUUUGAGACUAGUGCUAAGACGAACUUAAACGUGGAAGAAGUUUUCUUCUCAAUAGCUAGAGAUAUUAAACAAAGACUCGCUGAUACUGAUUCAAAAGCCGAGCCUCAGACAAUCAAGAUUAAUCAACCAGAUCAGGGUGCAGGGGCUGCUCAAGCUGCUCAAAGAUCAGCAUGCUGCGGUUCUUAAGCAAGUUACGUCGAUGGGAUCUCAAGGGUACAUUCUUAAGGAACCAUUUGUGGAAACUAUCGAUGGGUCCUGCUACAACUAUAUCAGUGCUGCUUGUAUCAGUUCUCAUUAUCAUAUUUUUUUCCCAACUUGUGCUAAUCUGAGUGUGAAUGACAACAGACAGAUAUCCUUAUUUGAGAAAAUUAAUUAUAUAUUAGUUGAUUUUCUACAAA